AUGCAGGAGUUCCUCAAGGCCUGGCUCGGACUAUAUGUCUAGCUCAUAGAAGGGUUCAUGGGCUCUGCCAACAAGUACUUCCUUGCUGGGCGCCAAGUGAACUUCUACUUGUUCACAGACCACCCUGAGCAGACCUCUCCCCUUCAGACGACCCCUGAGAAUCAUCUUUGUCAUCCCUGUGAGAGCAAAUUCAGUGAGACUCGCCCUGAGUCACAAGCAACCGUGCCCAAGGAGGAAGACGACUUCUAUUACACAGCCAGCUUUUAUGGGGCAAGUGUGUCAGGGGUCUAUAAAUUGACAAGAGCCUGUUUCAAAGGUGUCAUGGAGGACAGGAAAAACGUCAUUGAAAACAGGUGGCACAAUGACAGCCACCUCAACAAGCAUCUCCUGUACUACAAGUCCACAUGCCUGCUCUCCCCAGAGUAGUACUGGGAUGAAGAGCUAAGCAGACCCCACACUAUCCAGAUGAAGAGGUUAUGCUCUGUGCACAAGGACCUACAAGAACAUCAUAUCCAGCCAUAA